AUGGACAAGGACCUAGCAGCGACCUACAUCGGCGAGCUCCAAGCCGGUGCCAGCGACCCCAAAUGGCAAGCCAUGGACUUUGGCCAAGCACCCCUGGUGCCGCUGCAAAGCUUGGUGGCAGCAGAGGUUCCUUCUUAUUUCGAAGCGGGUUUCGACCCCUCCCCGUCCAGAGCAAUGUCAAUCCAUGUGGAACAGAUGGAACAAGUUGACCGCCCAAACCCCUUGUGGAUGAUCCGUUUCUUCAAGACGCAGCCGUGCAAUUGCGAUGUGGACCAUGACCACCGCGCUUGUCCCUGGUACCACAGUGAGCGUGAGAGGAGACGACCAGUUCUCGUUGGAAACACAUCAUCUUUGCAAGCUCUAGCCUACAUGAGCGUGCCUUGUGAGCAUCGCUUCGACAAUGACCAACCCUGCCCCAACGGCGAGCUCUGCAACCGUUGUCACAGCAACACAGAGUUGCUGUAUCACCCCGAUCUCUACAAAAAGCGCUUUUGCCAUCAGCUUCAGAAGUGCCCACGCGGCCAGCUCUGUGCAUUCGCGCACGCCCGCGACGAACUGCUUGGGCCCCACUUCUCCCCAGAGGAGGAGAGCCGCCCGACAGAAGAGUUCAUGGCGCACCAUUUCAAAACGCAGUGCGGAGCUCAGCGUACGUGGUGCCCUAUCGGCGGUCCGCACAACUGGGAGAACUGCGUCUACGCCCACACCUACCGUGAUUUCCGGCGUGUUCCCAUGCUUGGGUAUUCAUCGCAGCCUUGUCAACGUUGGGCGAUGAGCACGAAACAGAGCUCGGCGGACACCGACUACCUCGCCCGCUGCCCACUUGGGUUCGCCUGCCCACUCGCUCACGGCGCCAAGGAGCAGCUCUACCACCCGAGGUUCUACAAGGCAAACCCCUGCAGUGACCGGAGCUGCCGCCGGGGAGUUCUUUGUGCCUUCACUCAUGGAGAGCCGGCCAGAACCCACCCGGAUCAGCGGAAAGCUUCGCUGCGGAAGCCGCUCCCCGACGCAGAGCAGAUUUUGGCCCAGCUGCAACCCAACUUCGCGCGGGCGCCGGUGUACCUGUCAGCAGAGGAUCCCAAGCUACAAAGCCCCAAAAGCCAGAAGCUGGAGAGGAGGGAGGGCAGGGAGAACCGGAAGAUGGGGGCCAACAAGGCAGGAAUGGACAAGAGGGCCUACGAGAGCGCUCCGGGUCAGACCCCAGGCCCAGCAAGCCCAGCAAGCCCAGCAAGCCCAGCAAGCCCAGCAAGCCCAGCAAGCCCAGCAAGCCCAGCAAGCCCAGCUGUGCCGAUGCGCUUCCAAGCUCCUCAAGGCCCUGUGCCCACGCCAGUGGCAACUCCCUAUCCUCAAGCUCCCCUCCUCCUCCCCAUCUCCCCUUGCUCCAACACUUUCCUGACGCUGGCCUCGGCCAGCCCAGCAUCGGUGGGGAUGCCUUACACCCCCAACAACCCCAGCUACAGCCGGCUGAAGAUCCCCAAGCCCGACCUCGAAACGGACUCCAACGGCUGGCGCACCAACUCUUCCUUCGGCCCUGGCACCCCCGUGGCCUCCUUGCCAUCCACUCCGAGGUCGGUGGUCCCGUCAUCCAGUACCAGGUCUGGCUCCACUCCGGUGGCCGAAGGUGAGGGCUACGGCUCACCCGUGGCGGCACUUCCCAUUCCCGUUGCGCUGCUUAGGCGUGGCUUUCUGGAGCUCAUGGACACGAUGCCCCAGGCCAUGAAGAUGGACUUUGCCCCGUACAUCGAGCAGCUCUUCCCUCCCAUGCUGAUGGGAAUCACAGGUGACAAAGAUCAAAACGAGGAUCCUGGGCAUCGUGCCGCCCUAGCGUUGGUGCAGAGAUUUGGAGACUUGUGCCCAGACCGUUUGCUGGAUGGAUUUGAGGGCACCUACUGCCGAACUCUUCAGCAUGACUCACCGGAGGAGGCCAGCCGGAACGCCAUCGUUCGCGAGAAAACAGGGGUGCUCCUUGGCAAGGUUGCCGAGAAGAUCCUGGAGCACAAGAAGUUUGGCCAGGAUCUGCUGACCACCGAGGAUUGCUCCAACAAAGCUACCCGUGAACGGGUGUUGGUGUUGAUUUUCGUGGCGAGGUACGACGCCGAUGCGAGUGUGAAACGCGUGGCGAACGGCCUGUGGAAGACGGCAGGAGGUGCACCCAAAGUGCAGAAGGCGAUUAUGCCUUCUGUGAGCAAGACCCUUCUGAAGUUCCGGGGCGGUUCAAGAGGGCCCGGAGCGCAGAAGCUUGCACUGGAGAUCCUGGACCAGCUUGCCAAAGCUGGAGAGCUGGAAGCCGUUGAAGAAGCGGUUCCGGAGGCUCCGAAGUUCCACUUCCCGCCAAGUGCAGAGCGAGCGCCAGAGGAUAGCCUGCCGGCGCUGGUUGUAAGUGGUCGCGAACCCGAGGUUUCGUCGCAGGACUCCCAGUCGCGGGGUGGAGUUGAUGCCUCGCAGCUGGCAGCCAAAGCGCGCGAGGAGAUGACGAGCAACAAAGACCUGUCCAAGCUCGUGCCUUGCGUCCGGCACCACCUGGGUGCCAUCGGCGCGUCCAUAGUGGUCGAGGGCCAGAAGAACAAGCACUUCAACGGCAGGAAACAAGUUGCGACCCUGGCCGAAGAUGUGACCACGGCCUUGACACUCUGCAAAGAGGUGGGCGAAGCUCCCAAGAUGGAGGAUGUCCCUGGCAUCUGCGAAGCAGUGGUGCGGGCUGCCAUGGGGGAUGCGUUCGAUGCUCACGCAGACGGAGGGGCGGAUGACGACGAAAUUCUGCUUCGGGUAGAGAACCUGCUCUUGAUGUAUGGCGCGGGCCACUUGUUGCUGAAGGACACCACGCUGGAAAUGAAGAAGAACUGUCGAUAUGGCGUCGUAGGCCACAACGGGGCUGGCAAGACCACGCUGAUGAAAGAGAUUGCUGCCCAUCGCAUCGUUGGCAUGCCGCCGGAUUUGAAGUGCGUCCAUGUGGACGACUCGAAGCUGGGGGAGAUGAGCAAGAGCUACUUGACAGCGCUGGAGUACUGUAUCAAGAUGGCCAAGGACAUCGGAGUGAACGAUGCCGGCCGGGACACGCUGCUAAAGGUCGGCUUCGAUGAAGCCAAGCUCAACGACCCAGUCUCGGAGCUGUCGACAGGAUGGAGGAUGCGCCUAACUCUGGCCGUCUCCAUGCUGAAGCAUGCAGACCUCGUUCUCCUGGAUGAGCCCACGAACCACCUGGAUGAGGAAUCAGUCCAGUGGCUAAGUGACUACAUCCUGUCCAUUACGAAGUCUUCCGUCAUGGUCAUUUCUCACGAACCGAAGUUCUUGAACAAGAUUUGCACCCAUGUGGUCGCGUACGUGGACAAAAAGCUGGAGUACACAGAAGGCAACUUCGACAUCUUCGCGCAGAAGAAGGGCUUGAGCAGGGAACAGAUCGACGCCAUGUUGUCCGGCAACCUCAGCUUCGACACCAAGAAGGAAGGUGAUGAAGAAGACGAAGAAGGCGCAUCACCUGUGGGAAAGGUCGCAGCGCCGGUAGCCGGGCCACCGAAGCUCACCUUUCCCAUCCCCGGGUCCAUGGAGGGUGUGAAGACUGGCUCCAAAAGCGUUCUGGAGAUCAAGCACGUGUCCUUUCGCUUUUCGAAGGACAAGGAGUACCUCUUCCAGAAUUGCACUGGCAAGCUGAGUCUGAGCUCCCGUGUGGCCAUCUGCGGCAGGAAUGGGUGUGGAAAGUCGACUCUCAUGACGCUGCUGUGUAGUGAGCUGCAUCCCUCGGACAACAAGGAUGGCGGGCACGGUGAGGUCUGGCGGCAUCAUAACCUCCGCCUUGCCUACAUGAAGCAGGACCACCUCAAGGCCCUGGGCCCUUUCUUCGACACUUCGCCGUUCGUGUACAUCACUGAGCGCUUCAAGGAUGGCUACGACGGCGAUCUUCAGAAAAGGCUCAUUGAGCCAGAAGAUGAAGAAGACGCCUUGCGACGGAAGGAGCUCGCGAAGCAGCACGGCAAGUAUGGCAAUGAAGUCGGGGAGCUUGUGAGCCGAACGAAGGUCGGUAACCAUCUGGCCUACGAGGUGAGAUGGGCUGGGCUGGACGAUCCGAAGCAGAACACCGUCGAGCCCAUCUCGAAGCUGAAGGCCAUGGGUUUGGACAAGGUCAUCAUCGCCUGCGAUGAGCGGAUUGCCGCCAAGGCCGCCGGCCUGGACCAGCGGCCACUCACACGGCGAGAGAUCGUCAGGCAUUGCGAAGCCUUCGGCAUUGACGAGGAGAUGUGCUGCAAUCGUCAGAUUCGCGGCUUCUCUGCUGGGCAGAAGGUGAGGCUGUCCUUAGCAGCCAUGUUUUGGACAAAGCCGCACUUUAUUGCCCUGGAUGAGCCCACAAACUAUCUGGACGUUGAGACCGUGGACGCGUUGGGAAAGGCCCUCACGACCUUCCGCGGGGGCAUCGUCAUGAUCGAGCCGAAAAGCGACUUCGUUGAGCGGAUCUGCAACGAGAAGUGGCUGCUCGAGGACGGAGUCAUGAAGGUCGAGAAGAUGAACAACGGUGUGAAACGGCAGGCUUAG